AUGGCCGCCUCCGUGGACAACGAUUUGGUAGAAAGUGAUCUACCCAAAGCAGUGCAGCUGCUAAACAACCUCACAGAGCAGGUGGUUUCUGUCACUAGUCACGUACGCGAUCUUUUAAAGAAAGUGAAAGAUGGAGCUUUUCAGACUUCAAAGGGUCUGUCUUUUUUGGACCUCCGGAACCACCUUCUUCUGUUUUACCUGCAAGACCUCACUCACCUGACCUCCAUCAAGAAUGAAGGAGGUCGAAUCAAAGAAAGUGAGGCUCUGGAGCGGAUCGUUACAGUCCGAACGGUUUUGGAAAAGAUGCGACCACUGGACCACAAACUGAAAUACCAGAUUGACAAACUGGUGCGCACUGCUGUGACUGGUACUUUAGCUGAAAACGAUCCUUUACAACUUCGCCCUAAUCCUGGAAACUUUAAUAGCAAGCUGAAUGAAUCUGGGUCUGAUGAGGAAGAUGAUGAAACCGCAGCUAAAACACCCGGACAACCCACUGCAAAGAAAUAUGUUCCCCCAAAGAUCGCUCCUAUGCAUUAUGACGGGGAUAUCACCGAGGCCGAUAAGAAGCAGAUGAAGGCAGAGCGGCUGAAGCGUGCGGCUCUCAGGAGCUCAGUGAUCCAGGAGCUGAGGCAGCAGUACAGCGACGCUCCGGAGGAGAUCCGGGACCGGCAGGACUUCCAGAGCGAGCGCGAGAGCAGAGAGGAGACACACAGGAAAAACUAUGAGGAAUCGAUGAUGGUUCGGCUGCAGGCGUCGAAGAGUCAGAAAAACUCCAAAAAGAGGCGCACAAUGGGGAUGGCCGGACAGCUUGGGGGCAUUACCCACUUCGGCGACAUAUCGGCGCUAACAGGCGGAGAGGCUGGUCUGGACGGGGACGGGGCCAGACCCAAGAAAAAGAAAAAACUAAUGAAAAAGAAAACUAAAAGAAAGGCUUUCAAAAAGCAUCGAUGA